UCUUUCCAAACUUUUUCCGCAGAGCGUUCCGUUUCCCGAGGAAGAAGAAGAGAAAAGGUGAAGAAGGAGAAGAAGAAGAAGAAGAUCGAGAGAGAUGGCUCGUACCAAGCAAACUGCCCGUAAGUCGACCGGAGGAAAGGCCCCGAGGAAGCAACUCGCUACCAAGGCUGCCCGUAAGUCUGCCCCUACCACUGGUGGAGUGAAGAAGCCUCACCGUUACCGCCCUGGUACCGUUGCUCUUCGUGAAAUCCGUAAGUACCAGAAGAGCACUGAGCUUUUGAUUAGGAAGCUCCCAUUCCAGAGGCUUGUCCGUGAAAUUGCCCAGGACUUUAAGACCGAUCUGCGUUUCCAGAGCCAUGCUGUACUGGCCCUUCAGGAGGCGGCCGAGGCGUACCUCGUGGGACUGUUUGAGGACACCAACCUCUGCGCUAUCCAUGCCAAGCGCGUGACCAUCAUGCCCAAGGAUAUUCAGCUUGCCCGAAGAAUCCGCGGCGAGCGUGCCUAGGCUGUUUCUCUUGAAAUGGGAGAGAUUGAAUCUGGUGGUGGUGUUAUGGUGGUGUUUCUUUUGUUCUUUCCUUGUUAAGUUGGGACUUCUAGGACUUUUCAGAUGAUAUGAUAUAGGCAGGAUCGUAGUUCUUUUUAGUGGAUUCAGAAGGGCAAAGACAAUGAUGUUGCCUUUGGGGUAAAUGGGUUGUGUAAUAGUGGCUGGCCUAAUUUGACAUUACAUUUGCGUAUGACCGUGUUUUUCUUUUGUGGGAUAUGCUUAUGUCGACUUAAUGUUUAAUGUGCCAUCAUCUUUGAUCGA